GCCCCACCAGGAAGACGCAGAGAGCAAGAACUAACCAUAGGAACAGGGGUGAGGAGGCCAAGAGAGAAGGUUUUUUUUCCUUUCCGAAAACAGCUACCUGCGUCUGUUUGCCACAAUGGACAGUCGAGAGGUGGGAGAUUUACUGGACGAGUGCCUCGGGGCAGCAGAAGCAGCAGGUCGGCAGUCCACCGGGGUUUCUGAGGCAGGGCCCACCACACAAGAGCGGCUGAAUUACUGCAGCUGCAGAGACUCGCUGUGUGCCGAACUGGCCUCCCUCCUGCAGGAAGCCAUGGACAUGAAAUGGCCUUUUGCACCGGAGAAGUGGCAGUAUAAGCAGUCCGUCAGCGCCACUGACAAAACCAACCUCAAUGACCUCAUCAGCAAACACUUGUCUCAACUACUGGAUCUCCUGAAGGCCUGCAUCAGAGCUGAGGAGGCACACUGUGCACUGGCAGUUGUCUUCUUAGUGGACCGUUACCUCUACUGGACUGAUGAUUCAAGCCGUCUGCUGAAGAUUGCCAAGCUUCUCCACAGACGCUACCCCAAGACCCCCAUAGCCCCCCAGCUGGUCAUACGGCAGGCCAGGGUCUAUUUUAACUCGGGAAAACUGCAGAAGGCAGAGUACAUCCUGAGCAGCCUGAUUAACAACAGCGGGGCGACAGGUCGUUGGAUAUACCACUCUGAAAGUGACCGGGUGCUCGUGCAGGCUGUGAGUGUACAAGUGCGUGGCACGAUUUUGCAAAAGCUGGGCCUGUGGUUAGAGGCUGCAGAGCUAAUAUGGGCUUCCUUGGUUGGGUACUACUCGCUUCCCCAACCUGACAAAAAGGGUAUUGGAACUUCCCUUGGUAUACUGGCCAAUAUAUUGGUAUCUAUGAAUAAUGAGGACUUCCAUGCCUUUAGGACUAAUCCAGAUAUUGAUUUUACAACCCAGGGUACCUGCUUGCUAUCAUACAGUUUCUCAGUGGAGUGUCCAGAUUCUCAAAGACAGUCAUUUCUCCAGCAGGCACAAGAAGCAUUUACAAUUGGCCUUCUCACCAGAGCAGAGGGCGAUCUAGUAACCAGCAAGCAGGAGCUUCAUACCUUUCUAAAAGCUGCCUAUUCCCUCACUGUCACUCACAAGUGGCUUGGAACUCCUUUGGAGGUUGUAGCACAGGCAGUUCAAGCUUGUCAAAAUGCUUUAUCUAGUUUUCACAGUUACUGCCAUGCUGGUACCCAAGACAAAGACAGCCUGUGCACUGAGAUCAUGCACCUGGUCACCCAAGUCAAGCUGCUGCUCCGAGUGAAGCCUUUCCUUAAUUCAGACAAGGGGUCCUUUGUCCCUGACAGCUACAGAAAUGUCAAAGACACCUCUGUAAAUUUUACUCUUGCAAGUUUCGCUAAGAUAAUGAGGCAGCUCCAAAAGUAUCAUGAGUCACUGUGUGAGACCACUGACACACACUGUAGGGAUGCUAAAGAUGAGAUAGAGAUGGACAGAGGAAGGCUGUGUAUAACAGCGCUUUGGACAACCACUGGCACACUCAACACAGAGGCUCAGGGAGGCUCACAUUCAUCCAGUGUGCAUAUGCCUCAAAAGCCUGAAAGCACAGAUAUCCUUGGCUCCUCGUGGCAGGAAGUGUCCAUAACAAGUUCAGGCUCUCCUCAGCCCAGCAGAAGCUAUACAGGAAGCAGUGCUAUUGGACAUAGAGAGGGAGCGACCAAUCAGAGCUGUCUACCCACAGAAGAUGAUGAAGAAAGGUCAGACGACAAGUCACAGUCUCCCCAUGAAAACAAGAAGCGAUACAAAACUGCCCACAGUGCUCUUCAUUUAAAGUUCUCCAAGGCCACUGGACUGUGGACAGCCAUGGAAACUUGUGUUUACAUUGGUGACUCAAUGGGGGAGAAGGGCACACAGAGAACAACAAUAUGGGUGCAGUAUUUACACCAGGAGGAGCGGCUAAGCGAAUAUGUGGGGAAAGAUUACUUGAACCCAAAGCAGAUCCAGUUUCCCCUGAAAGAUGUGGUGCGACAGAUGACAGCCCAGUACUACGUGACUGAAUUCAACAAAAGUCUCUACGACAAAGAAGUUAUGGCUCAGAUCUUCUUUAUUCCGUCAGAAGCACUGUUGGCUACAUGA